AUGUCUCGAUGGUUCUGCACUAUCCAAGGGCUCAACAACUCGUAUACGACAUUAUACCGCGAGUUCCAGACACCGACGACUGUUACUUCGAUGGCUGUUCAAGUGGUCUUAGCCAAUCUCGAGGAGAGACACCUAGCCCCUGCGGAUAAGAAAGCGAAGCCAGAGAUGACACAGGCCGAGAGACAGAAGAAGGAGGAGAGGAACCACACUUAG